UCCUCUUCUCGACACACGCACCCCGAUUUCCGCAUCGCCUCCUCCGGUAUAAUGACCAACGAUAGCCCGGAGGAGGAGACCCGAGCUCCGGGCGGCGGAGGAGGUGGUUGUGGAAGAGGAAUCGGUAGAAAACACCGAGCGGAUGACAAUGUGACGAUCCUGACAUCAUCCAUGGAUUUACACAGAGCCAGCCGGAGCCGAGCCAGCAGCAGCAACAAUGAUGCCGCCCCGAGCAUCACGUCCUCCGUGGAUCUGAGCACCUCCUCCCUAGAGCUGAGCAUCCAGACGCGGAUCUUUAAGAUCAUCGUCAUCGGGGACUCCAACGUGGGGAAGACCUGCCUCACCUUCCGCUUCACGGGGGGCAGCUUCCCCGAUAAGACCGAGGCCACCAUCGGCGUGGAUUUCAGGGAGAAGGUGGUGGAGAUCGAAGGGGAGACUAUCAAGGUGCAGGUAUGGGACACAGCAGGCCAGGAGCGCUUUCGUAAAUCCAUGGUGGAGCACUACUACCGUAAUGUCCAUGCUGUGGUCUUUGUAUACGAUGUUACCAAGAUGGCUUCCUUCCGCAACCUACAGACUUGGAUAGAGGAGUGCAAUGGUCAUCGGGUGUCUGCAUCAGUACCUCGAGUCCUGGUGGGGAACAAGUGUGACCUCGUGGACCAAAUACAGGUGCCCUCCAACAUGGCGCUGAAGUUCGCCGACGCCCACAACAUGCUGCUAUUCGAGACGUCGGCAAAGGACCCGAGAGAAAGCCAGAACGUCAACUCGAUCUUUAUGUCCUUGGCCUGCCGUCUGAAGGCUCAGAAGUCCCUGCUCUACAGAGACGUGGAGAGAGAGGACGGGAGAGUGCGACUCACACAAGAGACUGAGACAAAGAGUAAUUGUCCUUGUUGAGGAAAAAGAGGAGCGGGAGGCAUAGCGGAAGGGAGGGGAGAAGAGUAUCUCUACAUUUGAAGAAGGAAGAGGAAAAGGGAUGAUGGGCGAAAGACGAGAGUCAUUUAAAUUUGUAGUUUAGGAGAAGGAUGGAGGGGUGGGGGUGUUAAAGCUGAUACUAUGAGGUGGACGGUAGAGGGGCUUAAAGCUUGUGCAAAGGACUGAAAAAUCACCAACAUCCUGAGAGUGAUGCAUUUGUUAACAAUUCAGAAAUAAGAUGAAGCUGCCUUUUCAACUACAGUAAAGUUUAGAAAUUCUUCCACUCAUUUGCACAUAUAUACACAAUCUGAGUGAAAUCUAGUUUCUUAUGACGUCAGCGACACAGAGUCUCCACGCAAAGCUUACCCUGAAACCAGCCGUAGCUCGGUGUUUUCCAAGGCCAUUAUUAACCGCAGCAGCUUAUUUUACCGGCUGUUUUUUGCUGUCAGAGCUUAAUAUUUGUCGCAUUUCACCCUUGUUGUGAUUGCACCAUUUCUACCGCCUUAAAAGCUAAACAGCUGGCUCUAAAUUAGUUUUAAUGACCCACUGAGGCAAAAACAGCAAAGAUGUUUUAAGGAUUUAAAAAAGCAUUUAACAGAUUCUUUUUUUUCUGAGAAAUAUUAGACUUUUAUUGUCUCCCCCCCCCCCCUUCCAUUUAUGUUGCCUGAUAUCAGCCUAUCACAAGCCCUCAAAUGAAGGACUUAAAAUCAUUGUGAGAUUUAAAUGAAUGGAGAAGAUGACAGAUUGCAGGAUCUACAGAGGAAGACCUUGACGAGAAGGUUUCCUGCAAACGGGCCAUUUAUAGGUUGCCGGAGAGCAUGUCAGCUAUUGAUUUAGAAGCUGUGAGAUCCUUUUACCCUUGUGCAGGUGAAAGGCACUCUCUUACAAAGGGGAGGCAAGGCUCUUGUUCCUCAUCCACUCCUCAUGUAAAUGUAUCUUCUCCAUGUUGUCCCAGUGGCCUAAGCCAGCUUUGCCACUGGAUGUAAAUUCAAAAACAUCAAGUCUUUAAAAUAGCUGCCCGACUCUCUCCUGUUAUGCAGCAUCAAUGUUCUAAUAGGUAUUUUUCAAGCUAGAGGCCUUCUAGCUGCCUUAGAUGAAGCUUCACUGCCUCCAGUCUCUGAAAAUGCAGGAGAGAAAACUGUGAACCCUGUGUAGGUGAUGGAGAGGCCUUUGUGCUGCUGAACCCUUAAGCCUGGAUUAUUCGAGUCACUGGUGAAACUGGCAGCAUGAGACACUGUAGAAAGCCAUAUUUAAUAUUUCCUGCACACAGAGAGGCAGCUUGCUUUGCACUGAGGAAGCUCCCAUGUAGGCUGUGGGUGAAGGAACACACUGUACAUAAAUCAGUGUUUAAGCAAUGAAGCCUCUGUGUCACAAGAAACCAUCCAACAUCCCGACUGUGAUGUAUGUCAGUUUGAUAUAGUAGCACACUUAGCAUAUUUUACCACUGUAGCCUACUCUUGUGUGAUUCUAUUAAUGUAUCUGGAUGCCAUAUGUAGAAGAAUCAGAUCAGCGAGCAUUUAAGAGCGGCGUUCCCUCCAAGCUGACAGUCUGAUGUUCUGAUUAAAUUAUUCACAGACUAAAUCUGAACACUGUGCAAAUCCAGAGGGCUUCUGCCUGAGGUGUGCCAUGGUUUGGCGAUCUUUCAUACAGGUUUACGAACGGUGCAAAAGUCUUCAGCCACAAAUAGUUAUGAAAUAGUCCUAGUCAUUUCAUAGCAAUAAAAUGGUAUUUUUCCGCCACAAGGUGAUUCUUAAAGUGCUAUUUCGGCAUGGUGUGCAGUCUGCCCUUAAAAAAAUAUGAGGCAAAUGGACGAAUGGAGGCAGGUCUUAAAAGCUCUACUGCAGAUAUCUGAAAGUCAUUUCCUUAAGAAAUAGGCAAAAUCAACCAAAGACCCGACACAGGAUUUUCAGUUGAUCCACCGACUGUUUGCCAAAGCCUCAUCAGAAAUGGUUUCAGUGGAAAGGCAGAUGUCAAGAAGCUUCCUAAAGAAAGGAAACAGGGACUAAAAUGUGCCAAAUUACACAAAAGCUGUGAUAAAAAUCAGUAGAGACAGGUCUUAUUGACCGAUGAAUCCAAAUGUAACAUUUUUGGUGUAACUCAUUGUCAGCAGGCACAGCGGAGGCCAGGAGAAAUGGGCCCACCGUGCAAUACCAUCUGGAAAGCUCUGCUUGGCAAUUUCAUUUUUGAGCAUGACAAUGAUCCAAAACACACUGUCAAUGCCAUAAAAUUAGAAAUUAGAAUUGAUUAGAAAAACACACAUUCGUGGAUUGGCCUCCCAAGAGCCCAGACUUCAACCUUCCUGAAGCAGUGUGGGAUCAUCUUAGUUAAUGUAUUUCCGUGUAUGUGUGCACCUUUCAAAUUGCUACACCCAUUUUCCAUUUUCCUACCAAAAUAUAAAGAAAUGAGGGCCGGCUCGAGACUUUUGCACAGUUCUAACAGCAGGAUCGAACAGAACAGUGAAUCAAAUGACAUUACUGUAAAAUAUCAGGAAGAGCUCUGUUCAUUCUCCUUAUAUGGGCUAAUCUGUGACUUCUUUUGUUUGUUUGUUUAUUUGUUUUUAAUCUCCAUAAAUGGCAUCCACAGGUGCGCCUCAACCACAGCUGGGGAAACCACUACGUUCAGGACUGAUGGAGCGGUAUCCCAGGACAUAAAAUGUAAAAGGAAUUGUUCACCCCUUAAAUUUUAAUACAUUAACAUCAACAGCUUUGUCCAUCAGUGGGUUAUUGUAAGAAUGCUAAUUUAGUCAGUGUCAUACAAGUGGGAUGACUGAACAAGACUAAUGAGCAGAAAAACACUGUGGAAAAAAGAAAAAUGUGUCUGCAUUUCUGUUAGCAGAUUUGAAUAAAGCGGCAACUAACAUGGUUUCAAAUGAAUAGAAAAGAAAAUGAAGCUAUAGUUCGGUUGUUUUCACUGUCAUCAACCAAACAUAUAUAUCACUGUUUAUGAAAUUAUUCAGCAGUUUAUGUCAUUUACUAGAAAAUGUAACAUCGCUUAACAAAAGUUCAGUUUUAACCAUUUAAAACUGCAAAAUGUGCAUUUUUCCAGGUCGAAGAGUUGCAAAUAUAUGCUUGCCUUCUCUUUUCUCUAUAUCUCCAGUGUGUUUUCUAAUAUAUUUGUACUUUUUUGCAGUUGAUUUGUGUCAUUUUUAAUAACCCAUGUUUGCUCUUAAAGGGUUGCCUUGGCAUUUUGAUAUUUAGUCUGGUAUUAUUGUUUAUCUGCAAAACGUCUGUAUGUGGAAAAUAAUAAAUAUC